GGCAGGGCGCACGCCCCUCUCCGGAGCGGCACGGCGGCCCCGGGCGCUGCUCCGCCGCCUCGCCGGUCGCGGUGCCAGCGGCGGCCGGAGCUGGGGCCCUGCCCGGGAGGGGCGGGCGCCAUGGCUGACACCGGCGAGCCCCCGCUGGCCCCGGCCGUCGCCCCUCCGCGGUCCCCGGCGCAGAAGCGGCCGCCGGGCGGCUGCCCCGGGGCGGAGGGCGCGGCGGCGGCGGCGAGCAUGGCGCGGCUGCCGCUGGGCAGCCCGGGCGGGGCGGCCGCGGGGAUGUCGCUGCCGCGGCUGGAGAAGCCGAUCAAGCAGGCCUUCUACAACACCGGGGCGCUGCUGUUCGCGGCGCUGUGCUGCGGCGCCGCCGUCCUGGUCUACUUCAUCCUGGAGGCCUUCCUGCGGCCCCUGCUCUGGGCCGUCCUCUGCGGCACCUUCCUGCACCCCUUCAAGAGCUCCCUGACGGCGCUGGGCCGCCGCUGGCUGGGCCGCUUGCAGCGCUCCCGCACGCCCGUCCUGCUGGCCGCCCUCCUCCUGCCCGUCUGCUUCGCCAACUACGGGGUGGAGGCGCUGGGCGAGCAGGUGCUGCGGCGGCGGCGGCUCCUGCUGCUGCUGGGGGCCGGCGGGCCGCUGCUCUACGGGCUCUACUGCCUGGGCAGCUCGCUGGGCGUGCAGCUGCUGCUGGCCCAAGCCGCCCGCCUCAUCUGCCAGGGGCUGGACUACUUCAGCAGCCAGUGGAUAUGGACGUUGGUAGCUGGUUACCUGCUGAUGGUUUCAUUCAAGUGGAAUAUAAGCACUGAACGUUACUUAAAAGCAGUCUCUGUCCCUGUCUGGAUGAUGCUACUCUUUCACUUAGCUUCUGUGGCAGGUUCCUGGAGAAUUCCUGUGUUUCUGGUUAUAGUUGUUCUGAUGACAGUAGGCAUGUUGCAUGAACAGCAGAAUGGAGAAGAAUCUUCUGGGGCAGAACUUCCUGGUCAGAUGAUUUCCAUUGCUGCUUCAACAAUUGCCAUGGCAAUUUCAAUGACAGAAGAUGAGUCCAAUAGUGAUCGUUCCUCACAACCCUCAGGAACAGCAGAAGGUGAUCAGCCUCCUCAUGCUUCAUCUUUCUCUUCCACUUCAUCCUCUUCUGGGAGCAGACAAAGACCUGAGAUUGGAUCUUUUCUUAGAAAAAAGAAAACUAGUGAUGUUUACUUUGUUACACUUGUGUGGGCCUUUGUAAUUGUCCAGAUCUGGCUAAAUUUCUGGAUUGUGCAGCUAUUGCCAGUGCCUUUUGCAGUUUGGGCACUUAAGAAACUUGUUGUUCAUUUUGGAGUUUUGAACUUCAUGGCAAACCAUUGCAGAAGUUGGUGGCAACUUGCUGAAAAUUUUAUGAAGGAACGUCAAGAAGCUCUUGCUCCACAGCCCAUCAGAGGGCUGGGAAGAGUCAUGCUAAAGCUUGACAGUAAGCUGUGGCACUGGCUUAAUAAGAAGGUGAUCGUGUGGUUGGAGAAAAUGCUAGAUAAAAUAAUCAGCAUUUUCAUAAUAUUUUUGCUAGUGAUAGGAACCCUUCUGCUAGCCCUGCUCCUCACUGCAAAGGUACAUCAAGAGAGCGUUCACUUGAUUCAAGUCACAAGCAGCCUGAUCAAUGAGACAGUAGCCAGUCACCCAGAAUGGGCAAACUGGCUCCCAGAAGCCCAGGUUAUUCAGAAGGCUCUCAAUUCAGCAGCUAAUAAUGUGUAUCAAUAUGGCCGAGAAUGGAUUACACAUAAGCUUCAUAAGAUUUUAGGAGAAAAAGUGAAUAACACCGCUGUCAUUGAAAAACAAGUGCUAGAGCUCUGGGACAGGCUUUAUCACUCUUGGUUUGUGAAGAACGUAACACAUUCUGGAAGACACAAAGGACACAAAUGGCACAUAAACCGUCAAAACAGCUGGCUUGGUGAUAUUCUGGACUGGCAAGAUGUUGCAUCAUUUGUUCAUGAUAACAUAGAAACAUUUCUUUCGAUCCUGGAAUCUCUGUGGAUAGUGAUGAGUCGCAAUGUGAGCCUCUUGUUUACAACAGUUACAACAUUAGUGACAAUCCUCUUCCAUAGUGGAACAGCUCUUCUCAAUUUUGUGCUUUCAGUGGUGAUUUUUCUGACCACACUUUUCUACCUGUUGAGUUCCAGUGAUGAAUACUACAAGCCAGUAAAGUGGGUGAUAAGCCUGACACCUUUGUCACAGCCAGGUCCCUCCUCAAAUAUAGUUGGCCAAUCUGUGGAGGAAGCCAUAAGAGGUGUAUUUGAUGCUUCCCUCAAAAUGGCUGGGUUCUACGGACUCUACACUUGGCUGACUCACACUAUAUUUGGGAUUAACAUAGUCUUUAUACCAUCUGCAUUAGCAGCAAUCCUUGGAGCAGUGCCAUUUCUGGGGACAUACUGGGCAGCCAUCCCUGCAGUCUUGGAUUUGUGGCUUGUGCAAGGACAAGGAUGCAAAGCCGUUCUGCUCUUGGUUUUUCACCUCUUGCCAACCUAUUUUGUAGAUACAGCAAUUUAUUCAGAUAUAUCAGGAGGUGGUCAUCCUUACCUGACAGGUCUUGCAGUAGCUGGUGGAGCAUAUUACCUGGGCCUGGAAGGAGCCAUCAUAGGACCAAUUCUACUUUGUAUACUUGUGGUUGCUUCCAACAUAUAUAGUGCCAUGUUGGUGAGUCCAACAAAUUCAGUGCCCACUCCAUCACAAGCAGCGUGGCCAUUACAGAUUCAACGGUCAUCUAGAGAGAGUCCUGAGGAGGUGAAAAUGGCUGCAGAGUGAUGAAGGUGCUGUGCUGCAACUAUUCGAUGUGAGGGAAUUGCUGUCUUCUGUUCCGAGCUCACAACAGCCAUGGCCUUAUGUUCCUUCCAGCUGUGCCUGGGGGCAGCUAACAGGGAACCAUAGCUUGGGUUUUAGGAGAAACCACUGAGCAUCUGCUGGCCUUAACAUUAUUGUGCACUUUGCCUCUUCAAGAGAGAAUGUCUACUUCCCAUGGCUUUGCAUAAUAACACACGUUCAACUGCCUUGUUGAAGACUUUGAAGACCUUUUUUUCUUCAUAAAAAGAACUAUUAGGAGGACAGAUCUAUCCACUGGAGUCAUUAUCUGCUGAAAUUACUAACUUGGCUUUUAUUUAUUGGAUUAUUUGUAUUAUUAAAUUGUAGUAACUUUAAAGGAAGCUAAUUCCAAAAUAUUUAUUCUGGUAGCAAAAUAUUUUUAUCCGGUAGCAAAAAACAGUGUAAACCACUCAUUGGUAAAUGAAAGUAGAAUAUAGUUAUCUGCUGCUCCUCAGAGUAUUUCUUUAGAGGCCUUGACCAUCAUCUGUAGCUUAUAAUGACACUUAAAUAUUAUCCUCUUAAAAUACAUUGAAAUUUUAUGUUGUUGGGAACUGGUAUUUAAUAUUUUCCUAAAAUGAGUAGAUACGCAGUUUUUUAAAUGUGGAUUUUCCUCAUAUUUAAAUAGGAGGACCUGUUUAAAUAUAUUUAAUCUUGUCCUCAUUUGCAGUGAAAUCUGGUAGUAUUUUGUUUUGCUGUUUACCCAUCAACCCAGUGGAGUCAUUUUGUCAACUAAAUUUAAUCAACGGCCUUAAGUGUUUUCAGACAGAGGUAAUGUACCAUUGUCACGUGUAUUUCCAGUAACAGAAGGAAGUUGAAUGGAGAUUGUUUAAUGCUGGUUUUCAAACCCUGUGGCUGAGUUCAGUUAACUUUUCAGGCAAAUGAAAGUUUAUUUCUGAUGAGGAAGAGGAAACAGCAUGGAUUUUGGUUUAGUUCAACCUGGGUUUUUUCCCCUGGAAGUCUCUAACCAAGUAUCUUAAUAAGAUAUAGUAAACAGAGUUCUUAAAUUCCUGAAAUAGUGUGUUGCCUAGGUUACAGCAUCAAACCACUUUAAUCCUUUUCUUCCAUGUGUAAAUUUGCUUAAAUUGCAGUUUUGGUGACAAUUUGUAUCAAUUGUUGAAAUAUUUUGACAAAAUGGAUCUUUAUGAAUGGAUCCUUUUUAUAAAUAGGAAGUGGUGUUUCUGAUAGCAAAUUCAUACUUCCACAGUUUUUCCACAAAUAAAAUGAGGCCCUAGGUACAAAGUAGUUGAUGCAUGGGCUUCACCAAAGAACCACCUUUCAGUUUCUAGUAACUUCUCUUGAAUUUAUUUCAUAGUUUGAUUGAUAAUGAGUUAUACAAAAUGCAGGCAUCCCUUGCGUUUAUUGUUGAAGGAAUACAGCUGUUGAAACAGAAAUCUGUUCUUAUCUAGGGAUAAGUAUAUCUAAGAUUUGUGUACAAACAGCUCUUGGUAUCUUAGAUAUUUGUUUUAUUUGAGUUACAGAAGUGCUGAUAGAUUUGGAAGUCUCCUAUUUUCAUGAUAUUACAGGUAUUUUUACAUUGUUUCUAAAAUUACCUUGCCCUGAAAAGUUACUGGAGAGUACUCUGAUUCUUACUGAGCAAGAAAGUCCUGGUAUAGGUUUGCAAUGAACAAGCUGCCUAUUAAGACAAAAAUACUUAUUUCUCGGAUUCUCAAAAUUAGCUGCUGCAGUUUUACUGAGGAAAUUUUGUGUUUAAAUGGAAGGUUUCAAGUGUGCUGGUUUUGCACUUGUAAGCUUGCAGGUAUGUGUUUGGAGGACAGACUCAGGCUUAAUACAGUGGCUUGACUCAAGUUCAUUGAAAUACAAGAACAUCCCCAUUUAAUAUUUUAAAUUCUGAAAGACCUACAUGUCAAUGCUGGAAAGAUGUAUUGCUUGAAUAAAGUAAGUGUCCCAUAUUUUAAUUUCCUUGGGUUUGUGGAUCACGUAAAAUCUUUAAUGACACACAUUUUUAUAAUUGCCUCUGGCUAGAGUGAAGGAUGACAAAGAACCUGAGGCUGUCCCUGAGUAUUCCUGCAAUAUUCUAACCAGCAUGAAUGAGAACACCAUGAGACUUAGAAUUCUAACUUACUCAUUAUCUUACUUUUCUAGUUCAGAAUUGUGCAUUGAAAUGUUGUGUCCUCAUUAUAGCUUCUUGUAGACAACAUUUAAAGAUUGCUAGCAAGAAACACGCUUCUUUAAUGUAUUUCCAGUUUUCCAUUGCUCCUCUUUACUCACUGGUUGAGACAUUUCUAUUGUCCACAUUUGCUAUCUCAGUUAUUUCUAAGACAAUCUUUCAGAUUCUUGUGGUACUCAACAUAGUAGGUUUUAAAAGUCAUUACAAAGCAUUCUUUUGUUUGUUUUUAAGUUUUCCUCUUCUCCAUCCCCCUUCACCUGACCACCUUAGAUCAAGGAAGGGUCUCUGUGUGAAGAUUGCAAUGGUAUUUUAGACAGUUACCUUCAGUAAUGUCAAAUAAGUAAAAUCAGCCAAGAAGAUAUGUUGUUAUUUUGAAGUAUUCCUUUCUGAACAUGAAGAGAAAUAAUUUUCUAUAGAGAAUUCAUACCUGAUACAGUCUUGUGUUCCUGCUUUUAAACAGGGCUUCAUAUUGAUGCUUCCUGUUUCAAAUUCAGCUAGGACUUGCCAUGAAGAAACACCCAUAGUACAGUCUUUCUCAGUAAAUGUAACUUAAGGUGUUCAUUCGAUGUGCCAUGCCUGAUUGAGGAACCAGUUAUGUGGUUCAAUGGUGGUACAGUAACAGUAUACUGCCAAAAAUAAAAGAAAUGAAAAAAGAAACAAAACCUCCAGUAAUAUCUUCUUAGAAUAUCAAAUAUUCAUUAAUUUUGCCAUGUUUAAAACCAAAAAGCAAAAUACCUUAUGAAGAAGCAUACCUUGAUUAUGUAGGGUUUAAUUACCAGUAGAAGUGGAAAAACUUGUCCUUGCAUAUUUAACAAUCCAUAUCCUUUUCUGAAAAGACAGCCUCUUUAAGAACAGUUUAGCUUAGCUCCAUCUCACAUUAAUGUGAAAAUGAUUCCACUGGUCAGUUUGACUUGGGGUCAUUUUAACAUACUGAUUGCUGGUUAUUCUUGCCUCACCUGCAAAAAGCAAGCAGUAGCUCCAUGGGAUAAGAUGGCUAGCAGGUUUCAAAAAAAUAAAAUAAAAGGUCAAGGUGGGGGGAAAUUCCUCACACAUCCUUUUCUGUAGUGGCAUUAAAUUACAGUUUUCUUUGGACAGACCAUCUUUUUUGUUUUGUUUUUGGUUUUUUUGUAAUGCUUAUAGGCAAGAAGUUGAUGGUCUUUAGCUUAGUGGUAAACAGUCAUUCCAGGAGCAGAUAUUUACUUGUAUUUAGUACAUUUAAUAUUCAGUUGGAGCAAAACCAAUUUAGAACUCAGAAGGGAAUUCUUGUAGUAAAACAAGACAGUGUGGUCUCAUGGUACCCUACAAUACAACUGUGCUGUUAUCAUGCUCUUCUAGCUAGUUACAAAUGUUGCAAAAGUGUGGUGCUAAAGGGCUAAUGGAACUGCUUUUUGCACUCAGCCCUCGCUCCCCGUCCGGUACCAUAGCUGCACCUUACUGUGCUAUAGCAGAGCUAGCAGAAGGGAAUCUGUGCCAGUUUACAGCCCAGCAUGGUAACUUCAGGUGACUGUAAGUUCUGGUUUAACUGAAUACAUGAAGCAACGAACUGCAGUGAUGAGAAUCUGACACACAUUCAUUUUGCCAGCCUUACUACAAAUAGGGUAACUUUCAGCACAGAUACACUAUGACCAUUUGGGAGCAGUGAUGGCUGCUUUUGAAAGACUGUUUUAAAAAAGAAUAAAAAAGUUUAACGUUAUACAUGAGUUACACAUCUUUUAGAAAUUUAUACCCACUUAUCUAAUAAUAGAGUAGUUUUCUGUGUGCAAUGGUAUGUAUUUGGAGUUCAUCUGGGGUACAUUUAGGCUUGUCUGAUUUCAGGGGCGAUGUAGCUUUGCUUCAAGACUUUGGGGAAGAGAAUAUGUGUGUUCUGUCAGAGAUUAUUGGAUUAAGGAAUCCCUAAACUGUUUAAUGAAACAAAAAAAAAAGAAAAAAAAUCAUUGUGUAGGGAAUACUGGAUGCUGUCUCCAGUAUUAUACAUUGUGGGUAUCAGUAACUUCUGAAAAAGGUGUGUGGCUGCAGUGUUAAACAUUGUUUUUCAGAAAGCCUGCAAAUACAAAAGUGGAUACAAUUGUUCCCCAGUAAAAGCAGCAACAGAAUUGCUAAUCCCUAGUACUGCUGAUAGAACACUACAGGGUCCUGCCUUUCCUACAGACCUGAUGUAUCAAGGAUGAGAAAAUACCAUCAUUCUACUGAGAAUAUAGAUUUGUAUCAGUGGUAGAAAAUGCUCCCACACUGCUUUUAUUCAAACAUUGUGUUUGUAUUAGAUUAGCUUAAGUUUGUCACUACAGAUAGUGCCACCUUUAUGGAUACUACCUCUGAUAACAGCUGCGACUUCCUUCAGAAGGUGCUGAAAGCUGUUGGGAUUGGAGUUAGUAUUGAUUAUAUUUAAUAGUGGAGGUAGCAUUCUUCUAGAGAUGCAGUUGUUUGCCAUGAAGUUUGCAAUUUUAAAAGUUAAAAUUGGUUUCCUAAUUAAAUAAUCUUUACUGAGUGACAACUGGCAUCUCCUAAAUCCAUGGAUGCAUCAUCUUUAUAAACUCUAUCUUGGCUUGUAUUUCAAAGAGUUCCUUCUUAUAAUUCCUUAUGCUUUUUGAUGAAGCAUACGAGGCUAAUUCCCUUCCUGUUUUAUUUCUGCAAAGCUAGAGUAGCCUAAAACUCUUUAAAAAUGUUAGGGAGGCUUGAUCUUUAACCUGAUACUGUUUAUCUGUCACUUUUAGGAAAAUAUUUAAUGCUUUCAGGUAAAAUUCUCCAAAAUUGCUUUGAUGUUAUACAAUUGGAAAUAAUUUAAUUUUUUUUAAUUGCAGUGUGGAAAAUAAACUUGGUAUUUUGGAACCAGAAAAAAUUCCAGGAGUGAUGAGCAUGUUCAGGGAUUCUACAUUUGGUUUGUCAAUACAUAUGCUGACAUGCAUCAUUAUAUAAAUAUGAGCAGUGUCUGUACUAUUCAGACUUUGAUUUUCUUUUAAAGAUCUCUGAGAACAAAAUAGUGCCUGUAGAUGGUGCAAACAAGCAAUGUUUUCUAGAAUUUAUGUUUACUUGAUAAACCUCGGGGAAGAGCCAGGCAAACACUGACUGGUAGGGUGACUAGAACUGUUUUGUUGUAGUUAAUAUAAAGUUGGGAAAAGCUGUUUUUCCAUCUGGUAAUCCAUUGUUAAGCGAUUGCUGUUCCUGAAAGUAUUUGCACACAGCCACUAAAGAGCUGCCAAAAUUAAUAGGUCACAAAAAAUGUUCUUAGUUUCUCCUUCCUCUUAAUUUCUUCCACACCUCAUCUGGUACCUCAUUUUGAGUCUUGUUUAGUCCGUGAGAGUAUUACUUCCUGCUUUCUUGGGAUCGAUUCCAGGACCUGAAGGGCAUGCUGUACAUUUCUAUACUGAAAUAGAGUGUCCAAAUCAGGCAGGAAUUGCUAACUGGCAAGUAAAUGUAUCCUUGACGUGCUCUGCAUAUGGAUGGACUUGGACAAACAUAAUUCAUCUUGCAUUGAAUUAGAGAUUAUUCUUUUAGCAUGUGGCGAUACCAAAGCUAGGUUCGAGUUAGGAGCAGGGCAUAUUUGCCUGCAGCAGGAUGUGUUUGCAAGCUGAUAAAGGCAGAGUGAGUGCUCUAGCAUCCUUGUAUAUAUCAGAAGAAUUUUCAGCCUUAUGGUUUUAAAGUAAAAAUAUUGAUUUCCUGUCCUCACUUUUUGCCACUUGACUACUGUGUGCAAUGGUACGAUGAGAACCUAAAGUCAAUACUUUUCAUGGUAUUGGUGUACAGUAAAUGUAAGAGGCAUCAGAAAGCUAAAAAACAGCCACAAAAGUUCAUUAGUAGGCUUAAGACAUCCAAACCAUAAGGUUAGAAAAACAAAAUUGAAAAUGUUUGCCUCCUUUUUGCCAGUCUCAGCACAAAACUGAAGCUCUCUCAAGAAGUAUUAAUAAAAACAUUUUUGUGUUGUUUAUAACUUACUGGGUGUGUAGGACAAUGUUUUCAGUGUCCAGUGUCAUCACUGCUGUGUUCUGCAAGCAUACGGUUUUUCAGAUUGUUACCUUUAAAACCAAAUUUUCUAUGCUUCAGUGUUGGUUGGAAACCGGCUUUUUAUACUAAUAGUUAGGUGUUCACCUAUAUAUAUAUAUGUAGUAACUAGUGGGUGAUGUUUUGGUAGGAAGACUAGGGAAGGGUUUUUUUCCCCUUAGGUAAAUUUCACCAAACCAAAUCCAAAGAAUUUUUUUACAUUGGGUCCCAAGACUUGCUAGACACUACUCAAACCUAACAGCAGAUCUUUUGCAUGUUCUAAAUCAUGCAUUCCUACCCAGAAUCUGCGGGGAUUUGGAGCAAUAACUUCUAUUGUCUUUUGACACAAAUUUUGUCUGCAAAUGUACAUGUGCUACAUCUUCAGAAGGGAACUGUGUUCAAAACUGUUACUAUAAUUUGCUACGCUACCAUUGGUUCUGGUACGUGAUGUGGGUUUGCAUGUGUAAUAUUGAAAAUAUAUUCCCUGUGACUAACUGUGUCAGAACAACUCGUGUGAGUUGAGAUUGAGAAGUACUUGUGUAGACUGCAGGGGUAUUUAAACUAGGUAAUUUUGAUUGUAUGCACCAAUCCACUUCCUAAAAAAAAACCAAAAAAACACGUUUUUUUUGUAGCAGGUUUAAGUAGCUUUUCACUUUAUCUUGUAUUCACACUGCAGUCCUUUGUAAGCACAGAAUGGUUAAUAUAUUUUGAAAUAAAAUGUUGUUAAUGUAAAGAA